AUGAUAUUACUACAAAAUAAAAUAAACUUUCUCACAGUUAUAUUUCUUAUAUUAUUCUUAUCAUAUAAGAAUACAUUCACAAAAAAGGAAGACCUAACAUAUAAAAGCAAUAUCACAACAAAAAUAAAAUCAAAUAGAAUAUUGUCAAAUUUUAAUUUAAAAGAACUCAAAUAUAAGAAAUUAAAAGAAUAUGAUGAUUUAAAAAAAAACAUUAAAGAAUAUAAAGACGAAGAUAGAUCUAUUCUCUUGUACAACUUAAUAAAUAAGCACCUUCAAAAAUAUGACUUGGAUGAAUAUUUAUAUCAUGAUAGAAAUGCAAAUGAAAAAUAUAUGUAUUAUAAAAAAUAUUUUGGUUCACAAAAAGAUACAGAAAAUAUGAAAAGGAAAAUAAGAAAAAUUUUCAAUGAAUAUGAUUCAAAAUAUUUACUACAAAGCAAUAAAAAAAAGUACUAUAAGGAUUAUAUAAAAAAGUUAUUCUACAUUCUAAUUAAAAAGGAAAAGAAAAAAACAUAUGAAGAAAUAAAAAAACAGAAAAAUAAAGACAUGUCCGAUUUUGAUAUAUUUCAUAAUGGUAUAUAUACAAUAAUUUUUACUAUAUUAUCUAUUACAUGCUUAGUCAUAUGCUUUAAAGUAUGUGGUAUAUCUGCUGUGAUAACGGUUUCUUCAAUUAUCUCAAUUAUGUGGCCCAUUGUAAUUGGAAUAAUUGGAGUAGUUUUUUUAAACCUUGCAUUAUUAUUCCUAUUCAAAAUAGUUUCAUUUGAUGAAUAUGAAUCAGAAGAUAACUAUGAAUAUUAA